AUGGCAAAUACUCUCACCCUGUCGUCUGCGGUUGUCGCGGGCGGCCCGUUUGAGCAGCAAGGCUCUAUUGACUGGGUCCAGAUCGCCAGAAUGUCCGUUUCUGUGCCGAUCUCCAUUCUCGCACGCGUUACAGCUGCCGACGUUUCUGCGCUAACGAUCGUCGUGGGGCAGGAAAUGUCAUCUCUCUUUCAAUUGUCCGCCACCGGACAUGAACGUCUCAUUAAGGCGCUUGCGGAACUGAAGAGCUUCUCUGCCAUCGGAGAUGCCAUUUGGUUUGGCUUUGGGAUCAAGCACAUAAUGCGAGUCCUUGCGGAGACUGGCAAAGGACUGACGUGCCUGAUGCUAUGUGCAUGUCUUUCUGAAAUUCAUCCACCAAAGACGUGCGCCGAAAUCUUAAUCAGGUUGGCUGAUGUUUGUGACGCCCCUGAUCAUCUACGUCCCUCUGCUAGUCAAUGGUUGAAUCUAGUAGGAGCUUGCUCCGGAACUCUCAAGUCCACGACCUUUGCAUGUAUCGCGGAGCAGUUCAUGGCAUUCCAUCACCCUUACGUGAGCGAGGAAUACAUGGAUGAGGCUGCAGAUGUUGCUAGAGCUUUGCUCGCUGUGGCGCGUGUUUCCUCCGGUGUGCUGAGUUCGGUAACAUUGACGGGCGGUCGAUCCUGCGGAUGGAUCGCUGCUAUUGGGUUCUACUUCCUCGGCUUGGAGGUCGAGAUUCGAAGUGCCGAUAAUGCUACGAUUUACAAGUCCACGACCAACGAUGACUCGAUCCGUCUGUUGGUCAUAUACGGGACAGCACAGUCCACCAACCAGGUCCAGGUCAACAGCACUGCAUACUUCAUAAACUCUCUUGAUCGCGUCAUGGCCCAUGAGCAGCGGUUUGAUUCCAUUAUAUCUGGGACCGUUCCAUGGAAUAAGUGCUUUUCAACAACGUUCGGUGACUCCUUCAGGCACCUUCUGGAUGCCAGACAAGAUUUUGGUCGUCUAAUGGGCGCCUCCGCACGGGUCUUUCGAGGCUUAACCAUUUCGGAUACAAGUAGCAUCUUCAAUUCUAAUGACCGUGCCGAUUGGUUCGGCUUUCAACCAGGUCAAUACGGACAUGGAUUUUGGCAUUCCGCUACUUCAUGGUUCCCUGAACUUUUACUCCUGGGUCCCAACAUUGAUCUCGACACGAACAUGCCUGUUGACGAUGCUGUUGAGGCAUAUAAUCAAGCCUCGGAGAACUUGGCACGCACCUGCAACUGUCAUUACUGUUCCGGAGACUACUCGAGAUCCAUGAGGGGGUACUGCCUUCCCGUACUUGCCGAGACCAUUAUCUUCCUUGUCUGGAAUGUUGCUGCUCUUCGAAUCCACACCGAUCUCAAGCCCUAUCACUCUGGCUUGAGAUUCAUUUACCAACUCCACUCUGGUGAGGCUAUGACCGAUCCUAGUUUUGGAGAAUGGUAUGGAGGCGAUGCCCAUCGUGAAGCUUACUGGGGAAAUAUUGUUCAUCUCGUACGACGUCUCGACCUUGCUUCAGUAUACCAUACGGCGCAGUUUCUGUUUACCAAUGACUUAUAUCCUCUGCAGAGAUGCAAGGCAUUUACUGCCGCUUCUGUUGGGGGUCUAUGCUUCUAUUUUGACAUCUUGCGUAAUGUGUCAGAUCGACCAGAAGAGGCAGUGACACUGCAUGUUAUACCUGGAGUAAUCCAGACGAAUGCCGGACGACAAUACUCUUUCAUCGCGGAUAAAACGGGCACCAGGUCUGAUGGUCUUUUAGGGUUCGACUGGAUAGGCACCCGUUCUUUCGAGGAUACUCCCCAAUACAAAGUCGAUUACAAAGGUAGUGUGACAGAGUCAUUGGGCGGCAAUAUCUCGAUCCCUAUACUUGGUAUGGACACAGGAAGCUCUGAUUUGAAUGUCAAGCUUUUCAUUGAAGAGUCUGCCAGCGGCUUGCUCGUCGAUCUUCACUUCAUCAGUGCCGCGGGAACCUGUCGUGUCGGGGCAUAUACCACGCUUAAAGAGAUCAUCGAGAACUCAGGACUAACGGAGAAGGCUCUGUGUCUGAGAAUCUCCAGCCGAGAAUCUACCUAA